AUGCCAGCAACCAAGCCUCUUACCCUCCUCGGCCUUGCAACCCUUCUACUGCAAGUCAGCGGUUAUAAACUGACUGCCUAUAAAGAAAAGGGGUGCAAGGGCGAAGUCCAACAGACUAUCGAGGAUACUAAAUAUGGUGACUACUGCCAGUAUUUCAAAGAUAAAGCUGCCUCUAUCAAGGUAGAAGGCUCUAGCAAGGACGAGCAAUGGAUCUUUUUCAACAAUUGGUGCGGUAAAGAUGCCCAAGUUGGCUCGUUCCAAGGAGAUGGAUGUAUGACCAUGGGAAACACCAAGCUCAAGGCCGUAAACAAUAUUCUCCCAGAAGGUAGCUCCAAGAAGAAGCGAGCCUCAGCUGGCACUGUAAGGACUUGGAAGAAUACGGACUGCUCUGGAAGCUCCACGAACGAGAUGGGAUUUAUCGGUGAAAACCUGCCGGUCACUCUCAACAGCGUCGACUCGAUUAAGGUGAGCGAUGUCCCUAAAGCAGACAUCGCCUUCGCCUGCAGUGACUCAGACUGCCACGUCGAAAACCAAGUCGCCACUCUCGAGAACGGAAAGUGUGUCAAUGUCAAAGGCAAGAAGGUUAAAUCAGCAAUGGUAAUCGGUGUGCCAACUCCUCCCAGAAAACGAGACGAUACUUCUGAGCGCCGCCACUCACGCAGUCUUAUAUCCGAGGCACGCGCACUCGAUAUACUAAAGCGUGACAACGGCAUCAAUUGCGACGCUAGCAACGGGCCUGACUACAAGGAUGCGCUGAAGGUCGGUGACAACUGGCAAGGGAAAAAUGGACUGGAAUGCUGUUGCCAUGUUCCUGGAGGCAGCAACUCGAAGACUUCCGGUUCGGCUAAAGCAUCUAUCAACGAUAACAUUCGAUGCCCGGCGGAUCCUUCUGGCAUGCCUCCACCGCCCACAACAUGCCCCCUGAACUGCAACGGGAUGAGGAGCUACAUAUAUGCUAUUGCAACUCAGUGUAAGAAUAAAGAUGGCAAGACUGGUGGAACCGCGACGUUGAGUGGCGAUGGAAAGAUCACGCUGGGUCAUAGCUAA